AUGGCCAUCUCAGGAGGUCCUCUCCAGAUCCCAUCCUUGAUGUUUGAUUCCUUAUCCCUGGCCAAACGGGAUGAGAUGAUGACCUCUUCGUCUUCGGGACCCAUUCACCUUACCCAUAGAUUCUCUGUGCUAAAAGAGAGUUUGACAAAGGGGAAAGAAACAGUACUUACCUCGUCAUGGAACAGGUUAUUGCACGAGCUUUCCAGGGAGAUCGACCUGGUUUCGGCUUUGGGCACACUAGCUAUCCCGAUCAUCAACUUCGCCGACAUCGAAAACCCGCAGUACUCUGAACAAUUCCUUGGGCAACUCCGACUAAGAGGAGUUGGAGUCAUCCGCGGUGUGAUUCCACAACGAACCGCUUCGACUUGGUGGCAAGAGACACAGGAAUAUAUCGGCCAAUCCAGACAUCCAAAACCCCAAGACGUCUAUUGGAGUCCAGCACAAGUUAAGGCUCGAGCAUGUCCCAACAUAUUAGCUGCCCAAAGAUUUGUCAUGAGCAUAUGGAAGUCACGGGAUCCCACGGCAAGAGUCACCACUUCAUUCCCGAUUACAUAUGCCGAUCGGAUGUCUGUCCGCCGACCAAAUCACGAUCAAGCACACAUUGGUGCACACGUCGAUGGAGGAAGCGUCGAGCGAUGGGAACCUGAUGGGUACGGCCGGGCAGGGACCUAUAAUGAGAUAUUCCAAGGACGCUGGGAGCAGUACGACCCAUGGGAGAGCAGCACACGUCUCGGCGUGACCAGCGAUCUCUACCACCGCACAGGUGCCUGCUCUAUUUUUCGCAUGUUCCAAGGCUGGCUUGCCCUGAAACCUAUCCCCUCAGGCCGUGGUUCCGUCCACGUCUGCCCCCUUCCACGCCAUGCAACCGCCUACUUCCUACUUCGGCCCUUCUUCUCUCCCCGAGAUGGCACCAGCAACAAUCCAAACACCGAAUGGUCCAUAACCAGCCCACAAAAUAGCAUCCUUCACGGUGCACUCCCGAGCUACGCUCAAGAAAUCCACCCCUCUCUCCAUCCCCACCUCCAGCUAGACCGUAGCCUUGUACCCGUCCCUGCGCUCGAACCAGGAGAUUAUCUCAUCUGGCAUCCUGACUUGAUCCAUGCCAUCUCCAGCCCACCAACAUCAUCCUCCUCUUCAGAGCAGCUUUACCCCAUGUACAUGUACCUCCCAGCCUGUCCUUUGACCCAAACCAAUGCUCUUUACCUCGCCCGUCAGCGUAAAGCCUUCCUCCGAGGCCAUCCAGGUCCCGACUUUUUUGAGGCUGGCGCCGGCCUGAGCAGCUUCGGGGGCCGCAGAGAGCCAGGAGGAGAGGCAGAUCAUGCCGGGCAUCCUGGAGUGCGGGAUGUCAAUGAUGCGGGUGGGGAUGAUGGGCUCAGGGCGAUGGGAUUAUUGCCGUGGGAUGAAGAGGAGGCACUCACGGACCAUGAACGUGAGGUCCUUGCGAUGGCGAAUGGGAUUCUGUUUCCGGAUCUGUAUGAUAUGAUUUAG